AUGGAAAUCUCAUCGGCUAAAUGGUUUUGUGAAAUGGAAAUGGAGGAAUAUGCAGCUUUUGGCUAUGAUCAAUACCAUUUGAACCCUCUAGAUUACUCACUUGAUGAAUUGAAUUUCCAGUCUUUGUCUUCGAAGUAUUAUUCAAUGAAUAACCACAGUUUCAAUCAUCAGACCCCACAAAACUUUACCAGUGAAUCCUUUACAAGUUCUCAAGUCACCAAUGAUCAGAGGCCAGCAAAAAAGCCAAAGACUUCUCAACAGGCUUCACCUUCUUCCUCAUCUCGCGUUAUAUCUUUUGAUAACUCUCGUUCACCUCCAGCUACUUCUCAGAAGCUCUAUGGAUCUGAUGAAAAUAAAAAUUACGAAGAUGGUGCAACAUAUUUUGGGCGAGUUGGUAGCGAAAAGAUUGCUGCAGUGAGAAGGUCUCCUUUACAUGCCAUAGAGGAACGAAAGCGCCGUGAAAAGCUCAGCCAAAGAUUCAUAGCUCUAUCAGCUGUUGUUCCUGGCCUAAAGAAGACGGACAAGGCAUCUGUUCUUGGAGACGCAGUUAAGUACCUGAAGUAUCUUCAAGAACGUGUGAACACACUAGAGGAACAAGCUACCAAGAAAACUAUGGAAUCGGUUGUUUUCAUCAAGAAGUCUCUGGUUUAUAUAGAUGACGAUUCAUCUUCAGCUGAUGAAAAUUCUGGUGGCUGCUGCGAUAACCCAGUUCUGGAAAUCGAAACAAGAGUUUCGGAUAAGGAUGUUCUCAUUAGGAUCCUUUGUGAGAAGCAGAAAGGAUACCUAGUGAAAAUACUGAGCGAAAUUGAAAAGUUUAACCUGAAUAUUAUCAACAGCAGGGUGAUGCCAUUUGGAAAUUACACCAUUGAUGUAACUAUUGUUGCUCAGAUGGACAUUGAUUUCUCAAUGACAGCGAAGGAUCUUGUAAGAAAUUUACGGCAGGCUCUCGUAUAG